AUGGUGAGCAACCUAGGAAUGGUGGCUGGGCUGGCGAUGGGUGGGCUUUUGGCUGAGCCGGUGAAGGCAUUUCCGGGGUUGUUUGGUGCAGAAGGGGCGUGUAACUGGAAUGAGAGUAAGGAGGGAGUGAGGUGGAUGGUUGAAUACCCAUUUGCGUUGCCCUCGGUGGUGAACGCCAUGUUGAUUGGGGUAGUGGCGGCGGUAACUACAGGAUGGUUGAGGGAGACGAUGCCUGAGCAAGACCAGGCCGAAGAUGGCACUGGGUAUUUCCCACAGAGACCAUACAUCCUUCUCAGCAACACCUCAACAAUUCUCUCCUUCCACCGCACUGAAAAGCCCACACUCAUAUCUUCCAUUCUCUCCACCCUCACAACCCGUACUCUCCCACCCUUGAUCUCCUCCUUCCUACUAACCCUCCACACCUCCGCCUUCACUUUCAUUCUCCCCCUCCACAUCUCCACCCCUUCUUCACCUUACAGUCCCCUCUUGUCGAACUCCUUCCACUCCCUAGUGCCCACCCUCUUCCGCUUCACCGGGGGACUUUCCCUCUCACCUCUUAUGAUCUCUCUCUACCUCUCCCUCUUUGGGCUUCUCGGCCUCCUUUUUCGAGGGUUCAUCUACCCCCGGUGGCAGAACCGGCUAAGCACUGUGGGCUUGUUCGAGCUCUCGCUGGCUAUCUUUCCUUUUGUGUACUUGGUAACUCCUUACCUUUCUUUGUUCUCUUGGGGUCACCAGGAUACCACAGAAGGGUGCGCCGAGAUCUGGAAGUGGAUUGCUUUGGGGGUGGUAAUAGGGGGACAGACGCUAGCAAUGACGAUGGCGGUGCCUAGUGCUGAGGUCUUGCUUGCUGAGUCGGCAUCGUCGGAGGAGGGGGUGCAGGAGAAGGUACAGGUGGUGGGAAAUAUGGUGACGAGCCUGGCGAGCGUGGUUGGGCCGGUUGUUGGAGGAGUGGCGUAUGCGAAAGGGGUGCGAGAGGGUGUAGUAGGUGCUGCUUGGUGGUUUUAUUUGGCUGUUGUGGCGAUUGCGGCGGCGGGGUGGUGCAUAUGCUUUCAAGGGAGAGUUUAUGAAGAGCCCGUGGAUGAUGAAAAGAGGUAG